AUGGACUACAAAAUUUCAGAUGAAAACCUUCAAGAUCCAAAAAUAUUAGAUGCAAAUAAUGAUAAAGAAGACAUUCCUUGUCUUUCAGGUGGUGAUUUUAUAAUUAUGGCUAAAAAUAUAACUGAUUGUUAUGAAGAUAUUGCAAAUAGAGAAAAUGAAUUAUUUCAAACACUAGAUCAGCUAUGCAGCUAUAGAUUUGAAAAGGAUAUUGAUAUUGUUGAUGAGCUUAAUAAUAUAAACUUUUUCGAAAUUAUUAAAUUAAUUCUGAAUUUUGCUUUUGAAACAAAAAAUCAAGAUGAGUUCGGAUUAACUCUUGCAUUCAUAGAUAUUUUAACAUCAACCACUACAAUAUAUUCAACCUCUUUAUAUGAACACGAAAUUGUUGAUUUUUUCAUUGCCACUUUUGAAAAUACCCCAGAAGAUUUGUAUACAACAGAACUUUCUAUCAUAUUCAAUAUACUUCACGAUUCAGAUAUCAAAAUUCUUGAAGAUUUUGUCAAAUCAAAAUCAAUUUUGCAAUUAUUUGACUUAUUUAGCUAUUGUCCAAAUUAUUUAAAUCAUAACAUGAUUGUUCAGACUAUAGAAACUAUAUUUGCACGCUUAAAUCUAUCAAAUAUUGGACUUGAAAACGAAUUAAAAGGAUUUUCAGCAAAUUUCAUUCAAUCUUUCUUAAAAAUAGCAAAUAUUAUUGUAUUUGAUGAUGAUCAAAACAUUGAAAAUGUCCAAACAACUGAUGUAUCUCUUUUAAAGAUUUUUUCAAGAAUUUUAUUGAUUUCAGGUUAUGACGGGAACGAAGACAUGCUAUUUCGCUUUGUCCAGUUCCUAAUUGAUAUGCAUGAAAGAUCGGAAGAAUGUGAUAGUUAUUGUUGCUAUUGUUUAUCAAAUUUAAUUUUAUAUUUCGAAACACCAAAAUUUUUCAUGCAAGUAUACGCUCUUUUUAAUUUUCAUGACAUAUUUGUUGAUAUUGCAUCAAAAUCUUCAGAGUAUCAAUCAAAUUAUAUCAAAUUAUUUUUUGUUUUCCUUAAUCGCUUAGUUUUUUUGAAAUGUUUAGAUGAGAGCAUAACAGAUAUAUUUACUGUCAUUUCUUCAGCUCUUCCUGAUUUGAUUUUAAAGGCAAAACAAACUUAUAUUAAUUCUCUCAAUGCUGUUAUUAAUGGAAGCUUUGAUUUAUGUUAUACAGUUCUGUCAAGCGGACUUUUGAAUGCAACAAUGGAACUUAUAGAAAUUGAUGAUCUCAAUUCAAAUCAGAAAAUAGCAAAUGUAUUUAUGGCUGUAUAUUAUUCUUUAGAAGAGCAUGGAAUAGGUAAAUUAUUACUAGAUGAUGAACAUGUGCCUGAUUGGCUAAAUUUACUAGAAGACGUUGAAAAUGAACCAGGGGAAAGUUUUGAAAUCAUUAAACAUAUACUCACAGCUUAA